CUGGAGUUGUGUUUCGGCAGUUUGGCAUUUCUCCUCUUAUAAAAACAAGACAAAAGGGGAGAAAAGAUCAGGUUGGAGUGUUGAGUGUUGACCUUUGAUUGCAGCAAAAACAUGGCACAUGAGGAGAAGAAACUGAAGCUCUAUUCUUACUGGAGGAGCUCCUGCUCCUGUCGUAUCCGGAUUGCCCUUAACCUCAAAGGUCUGGAGUACCAGUACAUACCCGUUAACUUGUUCAAGGGGGAGCAAUUCAGUCCUGAAUUUCAAAAGCUGAAUCCCAUUGGGUAUGUGCCGGUGCUGGUGGAUGGUGACAUUGUCAUUUCAGACUCUUUUGCCAUUUUCAUGUAUCUGGAGGAGAAAUACCCUCAACGUUCGCUGUUGCCAUCUGAUCUUCAAAAAAAGGCACUCAAUUUCCAGGCUGCAAAUAUUGUUUGCUCAAGCAUACAGCCUCUUCAGAAUCUAGCUGUACUGAAGUACAUUGAAGAAAAAGUAAGUCCAGAUGAGAAAAUUCCUUGGGCAAAACGCCAUAUUGAGAAGGGCUUUGACGCACUUGAGAAGCUGUUAAAGGACCAUGCUGGAAGAUAUGCAACUGGAGAUGAAGUUUUCAUGGCUGAUCUGUUUCUAGCACCACAGCUUCAUGCUGGGAUUAAAAGAUUCAAUGUUGACAUGGCUAAAUUCCCACUUUUAUCUAGGUUGAAUGAAGCAUAUAGCGAGCUACCUCAUUUCCAAAAUGCUAUGCCAGAGAACCAGCCAGAUGCUCCCUCGGCAUAGGGCACUUGUUAAACUAGUAACUUGAUGAGGUCCAUGAAUAAUGCUGAAUGGUCCAUCUGUUUGGUGGCUGGGAAUCUGGAACAUUAUAGUGUUUCAAUUGGUUUUUUCUUUAUAAAUAUCAGUUUCUGCUUAUGAUUACUCCACCUCCCUGUUGCUGGAAGGGGGAAGUUGUGGAAAACAGUGUUGGAUAAAGUCAAAUGGCCAUUGCUUAAACUGUUAAAUCCAAACUCGGUUUGGCAUUUGAUGAUUCUGUAUGACCAAUUAUGUGUUUAUUUUCCUUUCAGAAAUCUGAUCAAGAUGAUCAACUAUUUUCACUUAGAGGAGAUGCUUUAUUAAUAAAACAAAAGAAGUUACGAGA